AUGGAAACAAAAAAUGCAACAGAGCUGACAGAGUUCAUUCUCACAGGACUUACACAUAAACCAGUAUGGCAAGUGCCUCUGUUUCUGCUGUUCUUGAUAAUAUACCUCAUCACCAUCAUGGGAAACCUUGGUCUAGUUGCUCUCAUCUGCAGUGACCCUCAACUUCACAUCCCCAUGUACUUAUUCCUAGGGAAUCUGGCAUUUGUGGAUAUUUGGUUAUCCUCCACAGUGACCCCCAAGAUGCUGCUCAACUUCUUUGCCAUGAGCAAAAUGAUCUCUCUUUCUGAAUGCAAGAUACAAUUUUUUUCCUUUGUAAUCUGUGUAACUACAGAAUGUUUUCUGUUGGCAACUAUGGCAUAUGAUCGUUAUGUGGCCAUAUGCAAACCACUAAUUUAUCCAAUGAUCAUGACCAACAGACUAUGCAUUUGGCUGUUGGUUUUGUCAUAUUUUGGUGGCCUCCUUCAUGCCACACUUCAUAAUGUUUUCUUCCUCAGAUUAACCUUCUGCAAUUCCAACAUAGUACAUCACUUUUACUGUGACAUUAUACCACUGUUAAAGAUUUCUUGUACUGACCCUUCCAUUAACAUUCUGAUAGCAUUCAUUUUUGCUGGGUCAAUACAGGCAUUCACCAUUUCCAUUGUUCUUACCUCUUAUGCACCAGUUCUCUGUACAAUUUUGAAAAAGAAGUCUUUGCAAGGCAUAAGGAAGGCCUUCUCCACCUGUGGAGCCCACCUCCUGUCUGUCUCUUUAUACUACGGGCCUCUUCUCUUCAUGUAUGUGCGCCCUGGAUCUUUACAAGAAAAUGAUCAGAAUACGAUGGACUCCCUGUUUCACACUGUCAUCAUUCUGUUCUUAAAUCCAAUUAUCUACAGCCUCAGAAAUAAGAAAGCCAUAGAUUCACUGGCAAAAAUGUUGAGGAUAAAUGCUUAA